AUUUUCAGCAAUCAUGAUCUUCCACACUGCAGUGCUGAGCGUAUUCCUUUUCUCUGUCCAGAGCUUCACCAUAAAAAGUUCUCUUGGAAAGAUAAACAAACACUCAGGCAACACCCUUGCAGAUGAUGAGCUCAGUGUUUCCACGCUGUUAGAAAAGGCAAAUGUCAAUGUCGGCCAGGAUCCAAAUGAACCGCUUGUGAUAUUUGGAGACAUCGCCAUACCAACUGGACUCCAGAAUGCUGAUCCCUGCACAGUAAAUGGAUGUCUGUGGCCAAAAGGAUCCAAUGGCCUUGUCAAUGUCCCAUACAGGAUUUCCAGACAAUACUCUCCUCAAGAAAGGCAGAGGAUAGUUAAUGGUCUGCAGUCCUUUGCAGAAUCCACUUGCAUACGUUUCACCCCACGGAAUGGGCAGAGGAACUUUGUGGACAUCCAGUCUCGCACAGGGUGUUAUUCAUUUGUUGGGCGUCGUGGUCGGGGUCAAGUGGUGUCUUUGAGUCGCCAGGGCUGUAUUUUCCGACAGACUAUCCAACACGAAUUACUCCACGCCCUGGGGUUCGAUCAUGAACAGUCUCGAUCUGACAGGGACCAGCAUGUCAGAAUAAUCUUGGAGAACGUCAGCCCUGGAAUGGCUGGUAAUUUCAGGAAGAUCAAUACAAGAAACCUUGGCACGCCCUAUGAUUACAACUCCGUCAUGCACUAUGGAAGGUUGGCCUUUUCCAGGAACAGAAGACCAACAAUAGUCCCGAUCCCUGACAAUAAUGUACCCAUUGGUCAGGCCACCAGAAUGAGCCCCACCGACAUCCGUCGGGUAAACCUUCUUUAUGGCUGCAGUGGGUAUCUUUAGAAGAACCCAGAGAGCAACUCAAGCCACCUUGCUUGAUUUAUUUCCCUCCAUGAAUCUUUGAUUACAGCUUGCUUAUCUUUUCUCAUGUACUUACCCAAAUCAGAAUUGUUUUUAAUUUUUGCUAGUUUUUUGUGUGUUCACUGUGUUUGUAAAAAGCAUAAUCAAAUCAUUAAA